CUAUGAUAUAACCAGCUGGUUAACCGAUGUAGAUUAGCGCAUACGUUAUCGGCGGUGUCGAGCACGGAGUCAAAGGGAAGUAGCUUGAUCUCGCCCCUUCCUUACACAUCCCUGUACUAACCAAGUUAAAAUUUAUGUCUCUAUUUGCGACACAAGAAGAGCAGUAGACAAUCAUGAUUGAAGAGCGCCAUCAUAUUCAAGUUGGCCACAAUACAGAGCGUUGAAAUAAGAAACCCUAAAAUGUGUGUUAUUUCUCACUUAUUAGCUGGUGCAUAAUGAGCUAUUCAGUCAGUUGGUGCAAUUUCGUAAUACAAAUCGGACAAAAUAAGUAUUCAUUUGAUCUUUGGAUCGAAAUUUAGAAUCCUCUUUGUAAAGAGAAGGCAUUUAAGGAAAUAUCCCAUCUAAAGUUAACACGUUUCUGGUUACUAGUAGCAUUUUGCGAAUCGUCUUCGAUUUCUCCAGAACACUUCCACGAAAACCCACGGGUGAUUUAAUAUGUCUCGAAGAUGCAAGCGGGUCCUGUUCUACACAUUUGCUUUCUUGAGCAUUUUAAUUGCAGUUAAACUUCAUUCUGUUGUUUUUUCCACAUUGUUUGGCGAGAUCGUAGGAAUAAAAGAACAAAAAGGAGUAAUUAUUUCAAACAUUUCUUCCGUUGGAAUGAAUGAUCAGUUACCAGAUUUAUGGAGAAAACACAACGGAAAUGAAACCGGUAAUUUCAAUAACGCGACAACUGGACACAACUACAGAUACAUCCACAACCCAUCUUAUACCUGCUACGAAAAAGAUGGAUCGAAAAUGAAGGUCCACGUGCUUUUUUAUUCUCCUACAGCAACAUAUCAUUUUAAGAGACGGCAAGCGAUUCGAGAGACUUAUGGUAAUUCAAGCCACUGGGAGUCUUUGGGUGAACAUGGAACGAUGCGCACUGUCUUCCUUCUUGGGUCCACGCCAAAUGAUACACUACAAAGUUAUAUUGAUUACGAAGCCAUUCGCCAUGGGGACAUUGUCCAGGAGAACUUUCUUGACAGCUACCUUAACCUGACGUUAAAGACAACGAUGGGUUUGAAAUGGGUUACCAAUUUCUGCAAACAUGCUCAAUAUGCCAUUAAAAUAGAUGAUGAUACCAUGAUGAACCAACUGCGUUUCCUUAGCAAAGUGUUGAUCAAACCACCAUUGACCAACUAUGCAGCUGGGAAAACCUGGGUUGGGGCAGUGGUAAAACGGGACAGAAAAAAUAAAUUCUACUUAUCGAAGGAGGAAUAUCCUUUUCCUCAUUAUAUCCCAUAUUUGGAUGGACCGGUCUAUAUCUUGUCUACGGAUGUGGUCCAGAGGGUCUUCAAUGUUUCCUUAACCACGCCCAGCUUCAAGUGGGAGGAUGUCUACCUUGGGAUGUGCCUCAAGAAAGUUGGAGUUCCACUUCGGGACAUUAAGAAUUUUCGGUUAUUGCACUUUACCGGAGGGAGUAUGAAACGUCGUGUGCAAGAAGUGAACUCCUAUGCUUUUAUAUCAGGCCUGAACGUUACCGAAAUGAUAUGGGUUUGGAACCAAGGUCGUUUAGGCAAUUAACCACCGAUUAAACUGCAGUCAAGGACUGCAUAUCUCUGCUAAUGAGUACGAAAUACUAUAAUUCAAAACUAGAAAAUAUCAAACCUCAUUAUUUUCUUCAAGCCAUUUCGAUAAGUUUUCGAAUGCCAGUCUGUUGAAGUCCAUUCUUGCGAAAUU